AGUGAUUGUUCCUGUUCUCUUUCUUAAGUCGCUUGAAACAGUGUCCGUGCCUGUUGCUUUACUGCACUGAGAUCUGAACGAGCAGCAGGCUGACAGAGAAGGGGAGCGCAGACACUGAGCAGGGGGUAAAGCUGUUCAAAAAUGGAGAUGGACGCAACGCAGAUUCAAGCUGAAGCGAGUCACUUGACUGAUGGAAGGAAGACACCACCCAUCAAUUACCAUCAGCCCUUUCCCCUCCUAAAGCCUUCCAGAUUCCCACAUCUGGGGGACACAUUUAGCAGAAGCUUUCUAGACUACAGACCUGAGCACCUCAUGGGGUUCGAGAGGUUCCACGUAACCUCGGAAGGUUCUCGGAAACGCAAGAGGACUCCUUUCAAAGUGACACAAGCCCUACGAGACGUGGAAUCCUCUGACGAGAUGGGUGAGGAGAGCAGUAGCAGAAAGACCAUGGACAUGCCUCACCUGCCCUAUCCUGUCCCCCACCCGCCUCCCCCACCGCAACCAAUGUACAACCCCCAAAUGAUAGACCUGAGUAGGUUUCAUUUUUAUAGAGCGCUGGAUCACUUUGAUACCAGGCCGGUGAAGCAGGAGCCCAUCCAACACGAUGUCAUGUGGUCCAGCAGUCCGCUCAUGAUGUACCCUUCCCCUUCUUAUUUUUCCAAAAUCCAUCCCGGAAUGAUCCCCUUUCCUUUUCUCAUGCCGAACCCGGCCAUGCAUUUCCCACACAGGUUCUAUCCCAACGAAACCCUGGUCAAUUACAGGGCUGACGAAAACGAGAAAGGGCAGGAUAGUGGCGAAAGGGUGGACGUCAACAUCCACAUCGAUGACAGCUACUACGUGGACAUGGGAGGCGGCCAGAAGCGCUGGAAGUGCCGCAUGUGCGAGAAGUCCUACACCUCCAAGUACAACCUGAUCACCCACAUCCUGGGCCACAGCGGCAUCAAGCCUCACUCCUGCAAUCAGUGUGGGAAGCUCUUCAAACAACUCAGCCACCUGCACACCCACAUGCUGACACACCAGGGGACCAGGCCUCACAAGUGCCAGGUGUGCCACAAAGCCUUCACCCAAACCAGCCACCUGAAGAGACACAUGAUGCAACAUAGCGACGUCAAGCCCUACACCUGCAGGAUCUGUGGCCGGGGCUUCGCCUACCCCAGUGAGCUCAAAGCCCACGAGGUGAAGCAUGAGGGAGGCCAGGAUAAUAUCUGUGUGGAGUGUGGCCUGGACUUCCCUACUCUGACCCAGCUGAAAAGACACCUGAACGCCCACAGGGGCCCCGCCCAGUACACCUGCACAGAGUGCGAUAAGACUUUCCAGUACCCCAGCCAGCUGCAGAAUCACAUGAUGAAACACAAAGACAUUCGGCCCUACAUCUGUACUGAGUGUGGCAUGGAGUUCGUUCAGCCCCACCAUCUCAAACAACACACCUUAAUUCAUAAGGGUGUGAAAGAACACAAGUGUGGGAUCUGUGGGCGGGAGUUCACCCUUCUGGCAAACAUGAAGCGUCAUGUUCUCAUUCACACCAACAUCCGAGCCUACCAGUGCCACCUCUGCUUCAAGAGCUUUGUGCAGAAACAGACUCUAAAGGCACACAUGAUCGUGCAUUCAGACGUCAAACCCUACAGAUGCAAGCUGUGUGGAAAGGAGUUCAACCGAAUGCACAAUUUGAUGGGCCACAUGCACUUGCACUCAGACAGUAAGCCAUUCAAGUGUCUUUAUUGCGCGAGCAAAUUCACUCUGAAAGGAAACCUCACCAGGCACAUGAAGGUCAAGCACGGGGUGAUGGGUGGAGGACUCACCUCACAAGGUAACGGGUGCUUUUCAGAGGGCUUCAGAAGGAGAGGAAGAUUCCGACUGCCAUCCCAAACAGAUGUGGGGGCCAGCUUUGAGCAGCAGGAGCCCUUUGACCUUUCCCAGAAGGGCAGACCUAAGCUGCGGGUGUCUCACUCAGACGGAGAAAGUGCCAAGGGCAGCUCGUGUCAGGAAGAAGAGGAAGACAGCUACAGGAUGGGCCAGUACAGCCUUGAAGACUAUCACCAUGGCAACAGAACAUUCCUACCUCAGAAUCUGGCUUACAAACAGAAGGGCCUGACUGAGGCCUUUACAGAAGCACAGGGAGCCAAGGAGGAUGGAGAUGUGAUGAAGGAGCAAGUGGGAAAAGAGGAAGAGGAAGAGGAAGAGGAAGAGGAGGAAAAACAAAAGUAUUACGUGAUGAAGGAAAAGUAUCCUCGUAUACAGUAUUUUCCAAACCAGCUGAGUGAUUCUUCAGGUCAAUUCUACACUCAAAACUUUAGAAGGAACAGGAGAUAUAGCAUUCAAAGUCGAGCGAUGAUAGAAAACUGAGAAAUACACUGUGUUUCAAAAGCAUUCCCUUCCAAAACUAAUGUGAAGGUCAUUACCAUUAGAGAAAACAUCUAUCCAUCCUGUAAUCAUUGCUUGUUAAUAAUAUGUGUUAGAAAUACUGUUUGUUAUACCAUGAUAUGUGUUCAUGGUGUAUUAAUGUUCCAACACUCAUGAAUGUUUGACAUGUUUACUGAAGUCCUCAGCAUAUUUUACCUUUGAGACUGCAAACCUGAGCGGUAGUGGUAAAUCUGUAAUGAGUCAGUAUAAAAACUCUCUGACAAACCUCACACCCCAAUACCUGUGAGUGCACAAACAGUAAUAGAUGGUGAUUAAGAACACACAUCAUUGGAUAAUAAACUGAUAACAUUGUUUUUUAUAACAUGCACAUUCAGAGUGUAUGCAGUACUCAUCUGAACUUGUGUUUCAUCACAUAUGAUGCUCAGGUAUUUAUUGUUUUUUUGACACAACACAAUGGAUUGCUAUUGUAAGGACAGAACUGAAGUAAGGGAGCCUAUAUACCAGCGGACCUCAAAGUAAUCUGGGCACGGGCAUAAAUUGAUCUUACUUGGCUGUUUGCGGGCACGCUGACUAUUGCAUAGGAUCUUAUCUUACACAUUGCCUUCUCACGACA